AUGUUUGGCUGCAUUGUCGCAGGGCGGCCCGUACAAACCAACCUCGAGUCGGUCUCGCCGACACAGUUCGUGUUCAUCCUGCCCUCGGCCGCGAGCAUAAACCACCUCGUGGUGUUCCUGCUGCCGGACACAGUGCUGCCGCCGACACACGCGGCGACGGUGCACAUCCUCUUCCCGGCGCGCGAGAACUUCAUGCUGCUCGGCGCGAUUUCGGGCGCAAAGCCCAGUGCGAUCUUCCGGGUGCGCGGGUUGGCGGGCGAGAACCAGGGUCACUGUUUGGGCGAGGGCGAGGUCACGCUGGGGAUUAGUGUCGAGGAGGUCGCGAGCGUCGAGGCGCAGUUGGCCACCUUGGGAACGGCGGGCUCGCCGCAGACGGCGGAGGGCGCGCUGGUUAAGGCGGGCAAGAGCGUGGGCUCCCUUCUGCUGGCUCAGAGGAUCAUUGGUAACGCCUUCAAUUACCUCGGCAGCUUCUCGAUGCACGUCCAGGGCGAGGAGGUCGUGCCGCUAAAGGCGUUCAGGGAGUGGUGGGUCAAGUUUGAGAAGAAGGUUGAGUACGAUCCUACGUUUUUAGAGCGCGAGGGGGAGUAG